UGCUGGGCAGCGAGAGAGAGAGAGAGAGAGAGAGAGAGAUUCCGUUACCGGACGAGACUGUGCACGCGGGCUCCGGUGUUUUCCUACAGGCGUCGCAUCAUCCGCCACCAGACGCGCGGUGUGUCUGUCAGAACCGGGAGUCUCCGUCUUUCCCUCUCUGUCUGCGUCCGCGUGUCGGUCGGCAUAUUAACGUCACCGGCGCUGCCCGCGUGCGUGUGCUUUCACCUUUACAGGGCAGGAGGAUGAUCUGCGGACCUCAGUGAAGACCUCUGAGAGCUGCAGAUCGGGAGCGAGCCGACGAUCAGGACGUGACCGGACUGGAGAGGGUCGGCGGUCCCUCUGGUCAGAUUCCUCCGGGACAUAAGAUGGUCGGUGGUGAUGUCAUCAUGAUGCUGCCAGUAUUAAGGUUUAAAGGUCAGCCAGUUGGCAUGGUAACCACCACUUCACCCUGCAUGUUCCUCAGUGGUGACCCCAGCCCCCAUUGGCUGUGGCUGGCCAGCUGGUCUGCAGCAAUGUGCCCGGCCAUGCCCCCUCUUGUCUUCUACCCCCCAGCUGUGUGGAGGCCUGAGCACACUUACCUGGUACAGUGGGAAUGUCCACCUGUUGAAGUUGUUCCUCUCAUCCCUCCGUUCUAUCAGUUUGCACCCCUUCAUCAUCCUCAUCCUUUGCCCAAGCUAGCUGAAGGCUGGAUCUCACCAGAGGAAGUUAGCAUGUUCCAGAGGGGAGACACACAUGUUCUCCUAACCAGUCAGGUCGCCCAGAGACGAUGUGGACAUGCCCCCAGCACUCGCCUCCUGCUGUCUCCUUCUCAGCUCUCAGGUCAUGUUAGAAGAGACACUAGAAAGAGCAGAGGGUCUGAGACAGAAGAUGACAACUCCUCCCACCUGCUGCAUCUCCUCUCGAUGCCUCCUCUCCGCCUGCCUCUACUCACUGCUCCUCCUCCAACAGGUGGAGCUCACUGGGAGGGGGUGGGGCUUCAUACACUAGGAGACAAGGAAGUGUGGCCUUUGGUUCUAACCAGUCAACUAUGCAGAGGAGCAUGGCUACAGCCUAUCAUCAGCUUGGAGAGAAGACUGUCUCUACCCAUGCAGGUGAUGAAGGAGGUUCAUCACUCCUCCUCUUCACGAUUUUCUUCAAGAUUCACUUUGAUGACUGACUUCAGACACAAGAAGCAAGGGAUGGGUGGAGGUAAAGUUUCUUAUCGAGGAGCAUUAUUGCUGAGGACGGAGAGAACGACAGACGACAACAGACAGUGUACCACUGUGUCUGCAGACAGAGGAGAUGAUGAAGAUGGCAAGAGGGAGGAGGACAGUGAAGAAGGAAGGAAAAACAAACGUCCUGUUGCCUCCACUCCUGUCCCAGGGUCGCCAUGGUGUGUGGUGUGGACUGGAGAUGAUCGGGUCUUCUUCUUCAAUCCCACAAUACACUUGUCUGUCUGGGAGAGACCAGGGGAGCUGAUUGGCCGAGACAUCAGCAGUAUCAUCGAAGACCCACCUCACAAGAGGAAGAAGAUGACACGCGAUGACAUCAGCUCCAGCUGUCAUUUACCUGGUCUCCAUGGUAAUGAUGAAGAUGAUGAACUUAAACACAGCUCUAAGAGGAACAGGGCAGAGGAGACUACAUCGCUUGUCUCUCAUCCAGGAGAGCUUCUCUCACUGGAGCUUCGUAUGGCUCACUUCAGAGAAAUGAUGCUGGAGAGAGGGGUGUCAGCGUUCUCAACCUGGGAGAAAGAGCUCCAUAAGAUAGUGUUUGAUCCUCGAUACCUGCUGCUUACAUCAGAUCAGAGGAAACAGGUGUUUGAUCAGUUUGUAAAGAGCAGGGUAAAGGACGAGUACAAAGAGAAGAAAAGUAAACUGCAGAAAGCCAGAGAAGAGUUCAGACAGCUGCUGGAGGAGGUGAAGAUAACCAGCAGAUUGACAUUUAAGGAGUUCUGUACUCGCUACUGUGGUGACCAGCGGUUCAAUGCCCUCAAGAGAAAAACAGAACAGGAAGUCCUCUUCAACCAUUACAUCACAGCCUUAAAGAAACGAGAAAAGGAGAACCAAGCCAGACUGAAGAAGAUGAGAUGAAAACAAUGCCAUUCUACGCGCUGAACCUUACAGAACCAAACCUUUGUAGAACUCCUCCAGAACCUACUAAAACCUUCAAGAAUCUUCAAAUAUCUUCCAUGAUGACUGAACAUAUCCUGAUUCUCUGAAAGUAGAGACUGGGAUCUGAUGUAAACCUGGCUCUUGAGUGGUUCUGAAUUUUUGUUUGUUGUUUUGUAGACUGCUAUUUUUGGAUGGGGCCCA